AUGUUUUUCUAUCCUUCUGCACCAUCUACUCCCAUUAAUAACAUCAAAAAUCUUGCAUAUAGUAUUUUAAAAACUUUAAAAGAUAGUAUUGUUAAGUGUAAAAAAAUUCCAAAUCUAAGUAAUUGUUCAGAAUGUGGGAAAGAAAUUAUUCUUAGAAGGAUAGAAAAACAUAGUAUUCAAUCUCAAGAUUUGCCAGAAAUUAUAGAAGAAGAUAUGUCAGAUAUAGAUGAUAAUGAAAAUGGUGAAGGUAAUCGUCCAACAGACCAAAGCAUUAUCACUUUAGAAAAAGAAUCACGUAAAAAAUCUAGUAAAGAUACCCGUAAAAAUAAAUUAUCUAGUAAGAAAGUAAAGACUAAAGACGGAAAUGUAUCUAUAUUAAAAAAACUUAUUAAGAAGCUGAAAUCGCCAAGUUCUUCAACAAGUAAUACCACUUCUCAGGCUGAAUCUAUUACAAGCCCAAGUGAGGAUAAAAUACAACGGCUCAAGACACGCACCCUAGAAAUUGACGGACAACCAGUUAACCUUUUUGAUCUUGAUAAGAAUAGCAAGCUUAUUCCUAUGCUGCAAUCACUCUAUUCCAGAGAGAUAGUUGUUGCUGAGAUUGUUAGACAGCUUGCAAAAUGGGGCGUUACCUCAUCACAGGGAAGAUUUGAUUUUGAUGUUGGGUGUGGUAGAAUGAUCAGAGCACCGGAUAUUGCUUAUACACCUAAAGAAAUAUAUCGUUCAUUGAAUGAAAACCAAAAUUGGAGUUUUCGUGGUGAACCAUUUACCCCUGUAUUUGUAGUUGAAAUCGGGAACAUUUCAAGUUACUCAAAGUUUGAGAAACUUGAUAGAAAAUUUAAGGACAUAUAUUUCGCAGAGGGACAUCUAUGCAACUGGGAUGACAUUUUACCAAGGUUUACCCUAGAAAUAUGGAAAAUUGAACAUGCAAUAUUCCAGCGAGAAUCGGUAUCACCUGAACCAACUGAAAAUAAUACACUACACAAUUGUCCUUACUGUUCAAAAACCUUGACUAGCGUAUAUGAUAUGAUGAAAUAUAUUGAGAAAAACUCCAAAUCCGAACUAGAUUUAUUGAAACAGGAGAAUGCCAGACUUAUGGCUAAAAUCAAAGAAUUGGAACAGAUCGCAAAAGAAAAAGACAAACUUGAGGUUAGAAUUGUAGAAUUAGAACAGAUUACAAAGUUAAGUCAAACAGAAAAUGCUAAGCUUAAGGUUGAAAUUGAAAAAUUAAACCGAUUUGUUAAGAAUAUCGAAAAGCAAAAUCGAACAGUUACUAAUGAUUUAAAGUCUCCAAAACAUUUCAUUUCAUUGCCUAUCAAGAAUUGCGAAAAUGCACAGAUUACAGACAAGUCAGAGACUCAGGACUUUGUCUCUUCUUCAUCUCACCAAGAAGUGACUUCAGAACAGAUAGACAAUACAAUUUCUGAUAUAUAUUACCUUAAUGGAACAUGCUUUGGCGAAUCUGAAUCAUUAGAAGAAAAGACAAAAACAUCAUCAUUACACAAUGCAAAAACCGUGACAAAAUGUCACGAUCAAAAUCAUACCAUUGACAAUUUUGAUACUACCUCCGAAAUGCUUGAAUCUGAUAACCAAAUAAUAGAAGGUUUAAUUCAAGAGAUAACCUCUAAUCAAACACAAAGUAUUGUUCUUCCUGAAAUUAAUACAAAUAAUGGUAAAAUAGAAAUUAGUAAAUCUUGUAUACAGGAUAUGAUUCCAGACUCUGUACAAA